AUGUUCAGGAACCAGUACGACACCGAUGUGACAACAUGGUCGCCGGCGGGGCGUCUCUUCCAGGUGGAGUACGCGAUGGAGGCGGUGAAGCAGGGCUCGGCUGCGAUAGGGUUGAGAUCGAAGAGCCAUGUGGUGCUGGCAUGUGUAAACAAGGCUAACUCAGAGCUUUCCUCUCACCAGAAGAAGAUCUUCAAGGUUGACGAUCAUAUAGGAGUCGCAAUCGCGGGCCUCACCGCUGACGGACGCGUCCUCUCCCGUUAUAUGCGCAAUGAGUGCAUCAACUAUUUCUACACAUACGAGUCUCAGCUCCCAGUCGGACGUCUCGUCGUCCAGCUCGCCGACAAGGCCCAGGUUUGCACACAGCGGUCAUGGAAACGGCCUUAUGGUGUUGGUCUUCUGGUUGGUGGUUUAGACGAAUCUGGGGCCCACCUGUAUUACAACUGUCCCAGCGGUAAUUACUUUGAAUAUCAAGCUUUUGCAAUUGGGUCUCGGUCACAGGCUGCGAAGACAUACUUGGAGCGCAAGUUUGAGAGUUUCAUGGCCUCAUCACGAGAAAAUCUGAUCAAGGAUGCACUUUUUGCAUUGAGGGAAACCUUACAGGGAGAGAAAUUGACGAGUUCUGUAUGCACAAUUGCUGUGGUAGGGGUAGGAGAGGCAUUCCACAUAUUGGAUCAAGAAACUGUACAGGCAUUGAUCAAUGAAUUUGAGAUAGCAGGUGAGGAGGCUGCUGCACCCGAUCAAGCUGGUGUUCAGGAACCUGCUGCUGCUGACGAUCAGGCGGCCCCUGGAGAUCAGGGUGCUGCUCCGACUGGAGAUCAGGGUGCUGCUCCGAUGGAUAUGUGA